AAGUGCAGAAUAAGAAGUAUGAUCAAGUGAUGAACAAUGGGAGAUGCUUGUGAUUGAUUUUUCAAAUUCAUGUUAUGAUGACUUGCUGAGAGUUUAUGUGCAUUAAUCUGUAUGUGGGUUGUUAGAAAAAGGGGAUGAUCAGAAACACGUGAACACAAUGACGUAGAUAACAUUUCUGGAUGACUGUAUCAAUACCAGUUAUAAUAAUGGAAGUUGGAACAGGAUUGAGACAAGAAAUGAAUUUUAUUUUAAAGAUUUUUUCCAUUUUAUUCAUUUUUCCUGUGGGGAAGGCUCAGUAUUCCAAUCGAUUUUUAGAAAAAGAUUUAGUAACAAAGACAUUCCAAAAUAACAGCAUCAGGGACCACAGUUAUUUGUACAUAGACAACUCUACUGGGUCACUAUUUGUUGGUGCUAGGAAUUAUUUAGUACAAUUAAAGUUAGAAGAUAUCAGCGAUAAAAGUGCACUGAAAACUGAAAAGGUUGUGGCUUCAGAUGAGAAUAGGAAGCUGUGUUCCUUUAAUGGGAAAUCAGUCGAGUACUGUCAGAAUUAUAUUAAGUAUAUUGUACGUGUUGAUAACUCCACGCUGUAUUUCUGUGGAACAGAUGCUAAUACUCCGUCAGAAUAUAAAGUAACGAUAAAUGAUGAUAAAUUAGAGAUAUCAUCUCCUCAAAAAGCCACUGCAUGCCCAAGAGAUCCAAAGGACAACACAACAGCAGUUUAUGUCACCAGCGGUAACCCUGGUGAUGUACCAGCCCUCUACUCGGCAACCAUCCUUGACAAUGGGAAGGCCACCAUAUCCCGACCACAACUUGUUAAAGAUGGUAAAAAAGUGAGCGAAAAAUUGGAAAAUGCCGACCCCAUCCGCUGGCUAAAUGAGCCCCAGUUUGUUGCCUCCUUUGAUGUUGGGGAAGAUGUUUACUUUUUCUUCCGUGAAAUUGCUCUGGAGUACACAAAUUUCAUGAAGAAAAUGGUCUCAAGAGUAGCAAGGGUUUGUAAGAAAGACCUAGGUGGAAGUAGCUUACUUGUCAACAAAUGGACGACGUAUCAGAAAGCGCGACUUAACUGCUCCUUACCCGGGUCAUUCCCAUUCUAUUUUGAUUUAAUUCAGGAUGUACAAUUGGUGAAUAAUACAUUCUACGGAUUGUUUAUCUCCUCUGUGAAUGGGUCAUCUGGUUCUGCCAUCUGUGCCUUUACGGUGGACUCGGUCAAGGACAGGUUUGCUGACCGGGUGUAUAAGUACCGGGAGACUACAAACUCCAUCUGGACCCCCCUCCCUGCCAGUAAAAUCCCCGAUAAAAGUGAGCCAGGGAAGUGUAUCAACGAUUCAAAGAGCCUUAAGGAUGUUGAGGAGAAUUUUAUGAUGGAGUAUCCUCUUAAGGAUGCUCCAGUUCAACAACAAGGGAACAAACCCCUGGUCUUUAUGGAUGGCAUCCAGAUGCAUGUCCUUCAAGUGGAUAAAGAACGAAGUCGUCAGGGAGGGUCCCUCAUUCUCUACGCUGCCUCAAAUACAGGAGAAGUGUACAAGAUUCAUUCCUGGGAUAAUGGCAAAAAGCAGGCCAUAUCUACAGUAUUCUCACCAUUACCUAAAUCAGAAGUCAUCUGGGACAUGAAAUUCUAUAAUGAUGAGGUCUAUAUCAGCACUGUCUCCAUGGUUAAACAGUUUAAAGUCAUCAUCUGUGACAAGUACAAGAAAAUUGACGCUUGUCUCAAUGACCCAUACUGCAGCUGGAAAGGCAAUUUUUCUGGAACUUGUUGUAAAAAGGAAAAAUCUGAACUCUCUCAUGAAAGCAUUGCAGAACUUAAAGAGAGGUACAAUAAUGCAGCAAGCAAUGUGACGGACAGAAAAGUGGGGGUGGGGCAGUCGGUAACGCUGCCACAUUAUUACCCCUUCACCUUGGACGGCAAGAAGGUUACAUGGAAAAAGGACGGUUCCUUGGUGGUUCUGGAUAACAAUAAUAUGAUGAACAGUAACCAAGAUCUGAUCUUGUCUCGGGCCCAGAAAGCUGAAGAAGGAAUUUAUGAAGCUUACAUAGAUGACAAGAAGUUAAACACAGUAAAAGUGGAGUUAAUGGAAAAUACCAAUGACAUGGAGAUGGCGUGGAAGGCUAGGUUUACAGAAUGGUGUGAGGAAUUUGACCGGAUCAAGAGAUAUCGCUGUUCUGGGUGCUGACACAGAUGAAAGAAGAAACAAACUUCAUCUUAAUACCUUGAUAACAAUGGUAUGGAAAUCUGAAGAUUUCUUUGUAUGAAAUCUGAAUACAUCUGUAAGAUAUAGAUAAGCCUAGUGAAUUUUUAGGGAUUCCCACACACAAGUUUUACUUCCCUGCAAAUUUCCAUCCUGAUGUUGACCAUGUAACUGACUCGACAUGGAAUGAUCGCAUAAAUGAUUGCAAAACUUCAUAACACAUCCACUUAAUUUAUUUAUUUCCAUAUCUGUGUUCUGUCUCUGCUGGAACAUUACAACGUUUGCCAUGUGAAAGCAGAGGUUUGCCCUCGUCAUUACCUAAAUCAUUGUGAGAUGAGAGCUGAAUCAUUGUAUGAUCCUAUGUGUAUUGAGUUUUCUGUAAAGAGAUGAACUUUUUAAAUCCAAUGCUUGGAUCAUUGAGAUGUCUACAGUGUAUGUACUGAGGGACUGUACUCAGCAUUCAGAUGUGUCAAAUCUUACCUCAGUCAUACCGAAUAAAAUACUAAAUUACAGAGCUUCUUAUAUCCAAGACUACUCUAGUCAGAGAGGUAGAUUUGUAACGGACCAUAAAUGAAAAAAAAAAACUGACAAAACUUCAGAGGCCUGGACUACAAAGGGAGAUGACUCAUCUGUGAUAGGAGUAGUACGGUAGAUCAAACUUCAAUCAAAAUCUAGUUACAACUGUUGUAGUAGCUGUUUAGUUUGAUUUUCUUUUUGUUUUUAGUGUAUAAUUAAAGCACUGAAGAUUUUAUUCAUCCAUGUGUGAUAUAAGUACUGUGUUUACUAGUAAUAUUAGAGUUGAAAACCAUGCAUAUAUAUAUUAUUGACUCCUGUAUUAUUUGAGUGUGAAGUCUCACUUUGGUGUUGUACUGAUGUAAUAUAGGACUAAGCAUUUUACAAAGUUAACAGAAACUAACUAGAAUUCAGUUUAUGUUUUAGAUUAAUAUGUCAGACAGAAUUAGAUAGAUUAUAGUUUUGUGUCUUAAUAUGUAAACAAUACAGUAAGCUUAUUUGAAUAUAAGUAUGUACAUGCAAAUGAUAAAGCCAUAAGUUUGCUCUUUGGGGAAUGGGCAAUGCUAAAUUGGGUAAAUCACAUAAAAGGCUUAAGUAGCCUAGACAUCUAGCUGUGGAUACCUUUUUCUGUAGGAGAUUGCACACAAUAAUUUUGAUUAUUCCUGACCAGUUUUGAUUAUGAUUUUCUAUUAAUUUGAUUCUGAGUUAAUUUUUGUCUAAGGUUUACUGUAAAUGUGCUUCUGUAUUUUUGUGACAUUGAAUUUAUGGCAGCAGCAGUUUAACUCCAGUUAUCUGAAUUGUUGUGUCAUAGAGAGGGAUUCAUGUAGGUGUUUAAACAGUCACCUUAUUUUACACUAGAAGUUGUAUAUCAUGAAAAGAGAUGUACAUGUCAUGUCAAGAGAAUAUUGCCCCUGUAAUUAGCAAGUAGAUUGUUGCAUGAUUAAGAGAUUUUACAUUAAUUUCAUCUACAUAAGAAUCAUGGGAGUAGUGGAACUCCCUUUAAAAUUGUGUGAAAUUCCUUACUUUUAUUGGGGAAUUUUCAGUGCUCCAUUGAUCUGUUAUUAAGUAGUGAAGGAGUCUAAUCUAUAUGGUUUCUUGGCACUUUUAUACUUGUACGUGGAUUACAGUUUAUAUUAACUAGAAUUGUUCUACCUAUGCAUCUUUGUGAAAAAGAACUUGCAUCACUCUGCAUUCUUUAUCAAUAGACCAAGGAUUGAUGUUUGAUUCCUAAUUAGCAGUCAAGGCAUCUGAUUUUUGCAUACUUGGUGCUUAUGAAAUUGCAAUUGUAGAUAUCCUAUGUCCAUGAGUGAUGAUACUGGUGCAAUCUUGCAUACAAACCUUAUUACAGCUAAAUGAACUUCACUUUUUGCCAAUACUUGUCACAUAAAUAAAAUAUUUAUUUAAUGUCACAACUUUUUAUUUAUUUUUAUUUGAUAAUGAAGUGUAUCAUCAUUAUGUAUCCUUUAUGUGCAAUUUUGAAGGCAAUGAAAUUUUAUCCCUGUUCACGUGUCUUUUAAGAUUAAGUUAAAUACGCAAGAUGCUGAGCAGUGUUAGUUAGCCUUGGCUAGCUUUUACAGAUCAGUCUCCAGUUAGAGGUGCUUUAAUCUGAUUACAGAAUCAUUAAUUGUAGUUCUUGUCAUGUAGUAAUGGUGAGAUGAACUUCAAACUGUAUUGUUUUAUCAUAGGUAUAUAAAGCAUUUACUGGGUACAUACUAAAAAUAAUCUCAAAAACAGUAUUCUUCAAAUAGAUCUUAAAUCCUGUUGGAUGACAAAGAAUUCAUAAGGCAUUUACAUGUAAGGUAUUUUAGGACAUCUUUAUUUUUUGAAGCAUAAUUUCUGAGUGUACAUUGAAAUUUUUAAAUUACAUUUAAUUCUAAUAACUUUUAUCAUACCGUAUUAUGAUCAUUAACUAUUUUUGUGUUACAGGCACCUGACAUUACUUAUUUUUCUUAUAUAUGUAUAAAAAAAAAAUUAACUCCAUACCUAAUACUAAUUUAUUAUAAAGUAUGGGGUUAUAAUUUUUUAAAAAGAAAAAUAUGUCAUGCCAGGUGCUCAAUAACUAUAAACAAACAGUGUAAACUUUAUUAAAUCAUUUCGGUGUUUUUUGUUCACAAUAACUAUACAAACAAUGUAAAAUUUAUUAAAUCAUUUACCUUUGAAAUGCUUAAUGUGUUUGGGCCAGUUUUUAUAUUAAUUGAAUCAGAUGUAUGUGAGCUGUAUUAAUGUUUAUUUUAUUCAUUAAAUAAAUGCUAUUUUAAUUCA